AUGAUGAUUUCUGUGGCGCUGUUUGCAGCAGAAGAAUGGUGUGUCCAUCCUGAUUGGUUACGGGAGAGGGGGAGGACGGUGGUACGAUUUGGGCACAGCAAUAGGGACAGGGAAUGUCGGGCAUGGAGAGAGAGAGAGCGAGAGAGAGAGAGAGAGAGAGAGAGAGAGAGAGAGAGAGAGAGAGAGAGAGAGAGAGAGAGAGAAAAAACAAUAGUCUCAUUUUACGCCGAGAAGAAUAACGGCCUUCGUUCGUCUCUUCUUCGAGUGAAUGAACGCGUGCCUACACAUUUAGACAUGGACCGAUCGCCCCUCCUCCGAAUGCGGCUUCACGCAUUCCCCCCAUUUAUCUCCAUCCUCCUCCUCCUGCUCGUCAUCCUGGCCCCGUCGCACACUGUCGCAAGUAGCGAAGCGGCUACGCUAGAGAUCGCAGACCUGAGCCCUUUCGAGUCGAUAGACAGCGGCGUUGACGCUGAGUCUUUCGGACCGCACACUGAUUUCUCUUCUUCCGGCGGCGUCGGCGGCCGUGACGCUGGAGUCGGCGUUUUACCUGGCGGCCCGCCGAGCAUGCCUCGCGUGGCACAGCUGCGAGGGACGAUUGACGGCGCUGCGACGCAGGCGAGCAGCGGCGUCGCCGCAGGCGACAACCUGCACGUCGCACGGCUGUAUCUCCUGUCGAAGAAGAACUCUCGUGCAAGGUGCUUGGACGGUAGUCCUGCUGGGUACUACCUGCGACGCGGGUUCGGAAGCGGCGCCAACAACUGGAUCAUGAUUCUCGAAGCUGGCGGGUGGUGUUUCAACGCCAAGUCUUGCGCGAAUCGAGCCAAGGGACCCCUGGGGAGCUCUAAGAAAUGGCCGCCGACCAGCGACGUGAAGUACGGCGGCGUGGGCAGCACGGACAGCGCCGUGAAUCCCGCGUUCUACAACUGGAACCUGGUGCUCGUCAAGUACUGCGACGGCAGCUCCUUCACCGGCGGCUACGGCAAGCUUCCGCCAAACGCGUGA